AAAUACCUGCCGCCUCUUCUCUCAAAGCCACAAGUGCCGGAUCGCAGAUUUCCUUCGCUGAUUCUGUCCGACGCCUCAAACUUGUGCCUUUGAUCAUCAUUGCGAGGAUGAUUUGCUCCGUCCGAGCUGCUUCUUCCUUGUCCGUCGUCGCCGCGGCGUCGUCCAAAGCAUCGAUGGCUCCGACGCCGCGAUUCAGCGUGCCACUUCGCUCCUCCCAAGAUCCAAGUUCUCGCCUUAACUCUGAUAGGCCCCUUUACCUGGCCACUCGCCACGGAUUCGGCUCCGAAAAGCCUCGGCGGUCGUCAUCGGAGACCAAUGCGUACGAGGCAGACCGGAACCCGUCCAUCUCCUUACCGGACCAGGACGAGCUCUCGGCCGCGUCUCAGAGACUCAAGAUCGGCGUCUACUUCGCUACGUGGUGGGCGCUGAACGUGGUGUUCAACAUCUACAAUAAAAAGGUGCUCAACGCCUUCCCCUACCCUUGGCUGACCUCGACUCUCUCCUUGGCCGCUGGAUCCCUCAUCAUGCUCGCCUCCUGGGCCGCUAGGGUUGCCGAGCCGCCCAAGACCGACUUGGAUUUCUGGAAAUCCCUAGCUCCGGUGGCAUUGGCGCACACGAUUGGGCAUGUGGCAGCCACGAUAAGCAUGUCGAAAGUGGCAGUUUCCUUCACCCACAUAAUCAAGAGCAGCGAGCCGGCUUUCAGCGUCCUGGUGUCGAGGUUUCUUCUCGGAGAAUCUUUCCCUAUGCACGUCUACCUCUCCCUGCUCCCCAUCAUCGGUGGCUGCGCCUUGUCUGCCCUAACGGAGUUGAAUUUCAACAUCACCGGGUUUAUGGGGGCGAUGAUAUCGAACCUCGCAUUUGUUUUUAGGAACAUCUUCUCGAAAAAGGGAAUGAGUGGGAAGUCUGUCAGCGGGAUGAACUACUAUGCCUGCCUCUCUCUGUUCUCCCUGUUGAUCCUCACUCCAUUUGCAAUUGCUGUGGAAGGUCCCAAACUGUGGGCAGCCGGUUGGCACAAGGCAAUCUCACAGAUCGGCCCCCAUUUUGUCUGGUGGGUGGUCGCCCAAAGUGUGUUCUAUCACUUGUAUAACCAAGUAUCCUAUAUGUCAUUGGAUGAGAUCUCACCCUUGACAUUCAGCAUUGGAAACACCAUGAAGAGGAUCUCGGUCAUCGUCUCGUCGAUCAUAAUCUUCCACACCCCUGUCCAGCCCAUCAAUGCCCUCGGCGCCGCCAUUGCUAUUCUCGGAACGUUUCUGUAUUCUCAGGCCAAGCUGUGAAUGGAGUAUUAGCAGCGAAGAAGGUUUGGUUUGCCCCAUAAUAACUGGACGACGACUGCAAUUCUAAUCAAUACCAGAAUCAUCGGUCGAUUUUCCGGGUGGCAGCGAUCAUCUGUAUAAUAUUAAUGCUAGAGAUAUUUGUGGAUGGAAGUUUAGAGGACUGUGCAAAAUUUUGUGCCUCGUGUUUAUUUGCUUGCAUUAUUUUGAUUGUCUUGCAUGUGUUUCUAUUGUAUUUUUGCAGUGGAUUUGCUCAGCUAUUUCAUAGAACAUCCAAUUGAUUGUCUUGCUGUCGAA